AUGGACUACGUGUUUGUCUUUCUUUCUGACUGGUUACAUUUUCCUAUUUUUUAUUCUAAAUCUGUUUCUCUUUUUUUCUUUCUUUUUUUUUCCUUCAUUCGGACUGAUAUCCUCAUAACAAGCAUUUUUUCUCUCAUAAUGUUCCAACUAUUGUACUCAGAGGAUAAAGUCAAGAAGAGAAUGCGUGUCAGAAAGACUGAUAAUAAUAAAAUAACAAGCCGUUUCAAGACUUUUGACAUUUUCUUUCUUUCUUUUUUCUUUUCUCUUUCCUUUUUUCUUUCUUUUUUCUUUCCUUCUUUCUUUCUUUGCGACCGUCUGUAUAUCAAUUUCAGUCUGUUUAUAUCUAUUUCAGUGUCCGUGCAACAAAUAAACCUCUUUCUUCCUCUCUCUCAAAUUUCUAUCUAUCUAUCUAUCUAUCUAUCUAUCUAUCUAUCUAUCUAUCUAACAGACAACAUAUACAUUUGUGGGUCCGUUUCUUUUUCUCUUCAUAAUCUGUCUAUCUCUUUGUGUAUCGUUCUUCCAAAUGAUCGCUGUUGUUAUCUCACUGUUUACGCCUUUGUCAAUACAGAAGGAAGAUCCGCACAGAGAGAUUUCCCCGCCAAAUCGCUGCUAUCUAUCUAUCUAUCUAUAUCUAUCUAUACUAGUUUCUUCGUUAUCUAUCUAUUUAUACUAGUUUCUUAUCUAUCUAUGUCAGUCUAUUCAUAUCUGUCUGUUCAUCUAUGUCUCUUAUAUCCGGGUUACACUGUAUCUAUCUAUUUUUCAUAUUACUUUAUACUGCUUAUCUAUCUCACCUGUAUAGCUAUCUCCAUUUGUCCGUUUCUCCCUCCUUCCCUGUCUAUCUAUCUAUCUAUCUAUCUAUCUAUCUAUCUAUCUAUCUAUCCUAGUCUCUUCAUUAUCUAUCUAUCUCUUUUCAUAUCUUCACAUCUGUCUGUCAAAUUUAAUUAUUGA